AUGACAGCCUCGGAGCAUCCAUUGACCGAUCUAACUGUUCCCAAGACCCAGAAGGCCGCUAUCUUUGAAGAAUGGGGGAAACCCGUCAAAAUUGUAGAGCGGUCGGUUAUACAGGAAUCUCAGCUCAAGCCUGGACAAGUUCUAGUCAAGAUCAUGUACUCUGGUGUUUGCCAUACAGAUCUCCACUUUGCACGUGCAGACCCUUCAAUUAUGCCACCGGCUCCGAUGGUAGGAGGGCAUGAAGGUGCAGGUGAGCCUAUCUGUUCUCAUGGACCGAGGAAUGAAUCUAUAUGCGCAAGCGCAGUGCAAACUGGGUUUGGGUUUGAUGGUACCUUCCAGCAAUAUGCUGUCAGCUAUGCGGCUCACGUCACACCAAUUCCCGAAUCUGUCCCACUUCAUUUGGCGGCCCCGAUUUUAUGUGCAGGCUUAACAGUUUACAAGGCAAUCAAGGAAGCCAACACAUCACCAGGUGAUAUUGUGGUAAUUCCCGGCGCUGGUGGUGGAUUAGGACAUCUUGCUAUCCAGUACGCGGUGAAUGGCUUUGGGCUGCGUGUGAUUGCGGUCGAUACCGGGGAUCACAAGAAGGAGCUAUGCCUCAAACUAGGAGCUGAAACCUUUAUUGAUUUUAAGGAGACUGACAACAUCGUGGAAGAUGUGAUACGGGCCGCUGAUGGCGCCGGAGUACAUGCUGCUAUUGUAACAAGUGGACUCACGGCGGUUUAUAGCCAAUCUUUGCAAUAUCUACGCCGUGGGGGGACCCUAGUUGCAGUUGGUGUGAGCGGUAAAAUCGAGAUCGAUAUGGCAUCAACGAUACCCCGAAAUAUCAAAAUCAAGACAGUCUAUGUUGGGAAUAGAGAAGAAGCUCGCCAAGCGCUGGAUAUGUUGGCGCGGGGACGCAUUCAGACUACGUGCCGAGUUGAACCCCUGUCCAAGCUUCCGCAGGUGUUUGACGAAAUGGAGGAAGGUAAACUUGCGGGGCGCAUCGUCCUUGAUUUAUGGAAGUGA